AGUCAAGGCAGUGGUGACUCGCGGCACCAGUCGUCGUUUCACUCGCGUACGCGGCAGUAAUUUUUCAGUUUUUCGAAUCGCCUGUCGAUAAAAGUUCAGUAUUUCCUCUUCUGUGGCGGAACGGUCUCGUCUCUUGGUGUGCUGUGCUGAUAAAAAAGGUUUUAUUGUUUAAAUAAGUGAGAAUCAGAAACAGUUCGUGCAAAAAUGGCCUCAGGAGUGACCGUAUCAGAUGUUUGCAAAACGACAUACGAGGAAAUCAAAAAAGACAAAAAACAUCGCUAUGUCAUAUUCUACAUCCGCGACGAAAAGCAGAUCGAUGUGGAGGUGAUCGGUGACCGCAACGCCGAGUACGACCAAUUCCUCGAGGACAUCCAGAAGGGUGGACCCGGCGAGUGCCGAUAUGGACUGUUCGAUUUCGAGUACAUGCACCAGUGCCAAGGCACUUCGGAAAGUUCCAAGAAGCAGAAGCUGUUCCUGAUGUCCUGGUGUCCAGAUACCGCUAAGGUCAAGAAGAAGAUGUUGUACUCCAGCUCCUUCGACGCUCUGAAGAAGUCGCUCGUUGGCGUCCAGAAGUACAUUCAGGCUACCGAUCUCUCUGAAGCAUCACGGGAAGCUGUCGAAGAGAAGCUGCGCGCCACUGAUCGUCAAUAAGCUUAUCCAUACUUAAGAUUACGCACACUACAACAACAACAACAGAGAAAUAAAAAAAAUACCUACAGCAGAUUAGCAGACAACAUACACAGACAAACCAACUCACACAUACAGAUCACACACACACCCACACACUGAACAUCGCAGGAGUGAAUGUCAUUUCUCAAGAACAAUGAAAAACAUUUAAUAAAAACCAACCAACUAACUGAACAGUAAAAAAAAAACACAAACAAGUGAAACUGUAGUAGUGAGCAUAUCUGAAUCCCGAGUAAGGGUUAGAUUGUUCCAAAGCAAAACCAGAACAACCCUUUUGCGCGCGAUUGCUUUGUUGUCACGAGUGAGGAAAUUCGGACUCAAGUCAUAAACCAACCAUGAUGAUCAGCAGGAGUGUGUAGUAGUAAGAAUGAGAAUAACUGAUAAAAAGCGUUCAGGGAAAGUACGAAUCAUUGGAACCUUAAAACUAAAUUGCAUGCGCGAUCCCAAUUUUUUUCUACUUUUGAUUUGCACGGAGCGGGGGAGACGAAGGGGGGAAGCAAAUAUACUAUAUUAACAAUAUAGGUCACUUCGUGUUCUCACAUACAACGACAUGGAGACGCCGUUUACGAAUGAUUACAGCACCACCUGUUGUCAGAAAAAGUCAAUAAUUGUAUUUUGAUCAAUUUUUGUUUACCGUGCAAGGUGACAUUUCAGAAAAAAAGAUGUUAGGGGUGUCAAAGUUUUUUGUUCCAAAAUAAUCGAUUAAUAAAUCGAUUAAUAAAUCGAUUAAUAAAUAAUCGAUUUACAAUAUACACAAACAAAAUAAUAUUGCGCAUUGAGUUCACCACUGGACUGCGCACUCGAUCUUUAUAAGUGCAAAAACGUUAAUAAAAGUGCGCGAUUGCAUCAAAUCCAGUUGAUGUCUUCAGCGCACUAUUCCUUUGGUUUAUGCUUAAUAAGUGCUUUGAACACACCGAGUUGAUUUGUUGCAAAUGCGCACUGUAAUUUACGGUUUUGUGGUGAACUAAAAUACAUCUGUAGAAAAAAUUGAAUGCUCCCUCGUUGUAACAUCACCGAAAUCGUUUCACUUCGAAAUUUAAAAUUUUCACCCUCAAAAUUAAUUUAUAUUUUGCCCUGAUGGUUGCUAUUUUCCUUUGACAAUGACUUUUAAUAUCAUCUUUCUUAAUGUGCACGCUGACAUACAUACAUCGGAUUGGAUAGCUUACAAAAAUCCGGAAGAUCACCUACCAAAUGCAGGUCAAAUUUCUUGUGGCAGAGUUCAAGACAUUGAAUUCAAGGGUGCAUAAGCUAAUGGACAGAUGUACGAAAUUUCAACGUUUGAGCGUUUCGUGCUCACAAAAAAAUGAGCUCCGGGACCGGACCUGAGAAUAGAACCCGUCAAAUUUAAUUUCGAUUAACCGUAGUGUGGCCAGCAAAAAAAACACCCGUAGAAGGCCGGCAGGGUACCCGGGUACCCACGAAAUGGAAAUGAUCAUAUCUCAGCGAUUUUUCCACCGAUUUUAAAAGUUUUGCCUCAUUCAACUCAGAAACUCAUUAUCUAUCGAGAUCGUAUUUGGUUGGACCGGUCCGAUCACCAUGGGUACCGGAAAAUCCGGAUUUACGGAUCCAUGUUUUUAUACAAUACAAUAUACGGGAUUUUCGGUAGGUUAGUAGCAAUUUCGGUACCAAGCAUCGUAAAAUUGCUUUGGCAUAUCGUAUCUGACUGGCCUGGAAUCAUAAAACGUGUUGACUUUGAAACUGUGAUUUCGGAACACGCUUCUCGUGGGGCCAUGGUUGACCAUAAACACUUUAAGAUAUCCCAGUCUUAAAAUGUGGGUUUCAAUAUGGUAUAAGGACAUGCUCCCAAAAAUAUGGAUUUUCCGAAAACCACGGUGAUUAGAUCGGUCUAACCAAAUAUUUUCCCGAUAGAUGAUGAGUUUCUGAGUUGAAUGAGCUAAAAAUUUCCAAAAUCUAUGAAAAAUUGACGGAGAUAUGAUCAUUUCAAUUUCGUAGGUACCCGGGUACCCUGCCGGCCUUCCACGUAAUAAAAAAAUGCAGGAGCCCCUCCCCCUGCCCCUCCUUACUUUAAAAUUCGGUCAACCCCAUUAAUAUAUGUAUAUUCACGAGUUCUAAGAUCUAACAAAGUUCCAACAUCCUAGUCUCAACAACCAUUAAAAUGUCGAGAUUUGAAAUUGAAAAAGGUACCCGGGUACCCUGCCGGCCACAUAAGUGUUAAUUUCGUUGUUCUUCCGAAGUGAACUGUGAGUUUAUUCGAAUACUGGUUGUUUCAUUCCGGACUAAUCCUUUGUUGUUGGAUGUGUGAACAUUGUGCUGCCAUAGAUUGAACAUUUACACGAUCGUCGCGAAAUCCUUGCAAAGCUCAUUAUAUUUAAAUAUACAGUCAUGGGCUUCUGGGUGAACUUCAGUUAGUAAAAAUAUUCUAGCAAAUUCGCCUGCUGCAGAGUGAUAAUCCUCCAUAAAUUUAGUCAGGCAUUCCUUCAGAUUCCUUUCCUUUCUAAAUUCCUUCUGAUUUUCCAACGGAAGUUCCUUCUCAGUUUUCUCUUUUCCUUUGAUAACCGGAAAAAUCCAUUGCUAACCGUCGUUAAUCGCGUCUAACUGCACCUGCGGCUCAGUUAGCAGCGGUUAGCGACGGUUAGGAACGAAUAUAUGCGGAUUUUCCGAUUAGAAAAGGAUAUGUCAUUCCCCUUGGUUUCCUUCUAGUUUUUUUUCUGUGAUUCAUUCAGGAGCUCUUUUUGAAAUUCCUCCAUGAGUGUCUUCAGAGAUUGAUUCAAAGUUUUUUUUUCUUAAAUUUCUCCAGAGCUUCCUUCGAGGAACCCCCAGGAGUUCCUACUGAAAUUACUCCAGCAAUUUCUUCUGAUGUUCCUUCAAGAAUCAAUUCUAGGAAUCCUCAAGAAUUCUCUUCUAGGAUUCGUCAAGAAGUUCCUUAUAGGAUUUCCUAAUAGGAGUUUCUUGAAGUUUUUCUUGGAUUCCUGCAGAAGCUCAGCUCCUUCAACAAUUCCCUCAAGAGUUUUUUUCUACGAAUACCCCCCGAAGUUCCUUCUGGAAUUCCUACAAAAUUUUCCAAGAACGUUUGGAUUUAUCCAAGAAUUCCUUCAAAAAUUCCUCCUGGGAAUUUCAACCGGGAUUUCUAUCAGUAUUCCUCCAAAAGUUCCUUCUGGAAUUCACUUCGUCUUUUAAGGAUUUCCACCGAGUCUUCUGGGAUUUUUCAAGGAAUUUCUUUUGAAAUUUCGGAGAGAUUUCCGAAGUGACUUUGUAAAUCUCCAGGGCGAUUUUAUAUGAACAAUUUAAUUGAUAUUUUUCGAGCGAUCUUUCCAGGAUUCCUUCAGAGGGAACCUCUUUGAAGUAUCAAAAAUAUUCCAGAAAUUAUUUUUGUGAUUCCUUCCGAGAUUUCCAUUAAUUUUAAAUGUCUUCAGAAGUAUUUUUUUUUUCCGGGAUUCACAGAAGAAAUAUGUGAAUACUAGAUUUGUAGUAAUGAGUUGUUUUUUUUUUGUAUGGUGAGAUGCUAAACUCUCCGUUUCUGCAUUGAAACGGUGCAAACUCAUGGGUAUUAUGAUUCUUAGCCUAGUUUAAUGCCAAGUUUAAUGCUGCUUGAGCAAAACUUUAGGAAAAUAUGUUGUUGAAGUUGCAUUAAAUGAGAAUACAACAACACAGUUACCCAAAGUUUUGCUCAAACACCAUCAAAUCACACAAGCAGUCAUAAAACCCUUGCUUUUUUGUUACCAUUAUUGCAGUUACCAUUUUAUUGCAGUAACGGAGAAUUUACUUUCUCAUUAUCCCCGAGAUGAACUAGCCUAGGGCUAAAAAUCUCGUUAAUACUGAUAAAAAAAAACUUUCUCAUUAUACAAAUAAUUAUACUACAAAUCUAGUACUUCACUGAUUGCGUUUUAUUCAUGGAGAUAUGUAAUCCCAGAUAAAAAAAGUGUUGGGGGAUAAAGGAGGAACGCUGCAACGCUUUCCCUGAGCAAUCCCGAAAAGAGUUCCUAAAAUAAUUCCAGAAUAAUUUCUGGGAGGAAUCUUGGAGGAAUCCCCCAAGAGCUUCAGGAGGAAUCUUAGAGAAAAAAAAACAAGGAAAAAAAAUCCAGGGUGCAUUCUUAAAGGGAUCCCACAAGGAAAUUCUUGUGUAAUUUCCGGAGAAAAUAGCGUUCAUAACUCGCUAACGGAAAGCCGAGCGGAAAGCUCGAUUUGGGUCGUCUGUGUUUUUGUCUGUUAUGAACGUUUAUCGGUUCAAAUUUACUUCUCAUCUGCAACUUCGCAUGUCGCACGAGUCGCGACUUCGAUUUGGUGCUGCGACGAUAAUACACGCCAGAAGUUGUUCAAGAAGAGAGAAUAAAAUUUGUUCUAAUUUGAGUAGUUGAAAAAAAAAAUCGAUUAAUGUUUAAUCGAUUAUUUCAGAAGAAAUGGGCAUCCCCACCAUACAAUGACAGUUCGACAGAAUAAACGUCAUUCGGAUAGCGCAUGCAUUUAGUGUGUAGUAGUACCUCUUCUGACGCUUGGUGGCGCCACAUUCACUAAAAAGGUGUCGCCAAAAAAUCGUUAGAGUGACCUAUAUUGUUAAUAUAGUAUAUUUGGGGGAAGCGUUUCUUAGCAAGCAUUUAUUUCAAGCGUGUGUUUAAUAAUGGCCCCCCUUUCGUCGGGAACUCCCUUGCCUAUUUCGCUGCUUUUUUUCCCUUGCGCGUGUGUGUGUGCGCGGUCAACAUCAGGAAUUACAAAAAUAAAAGAAAUAUUGACAUACAGCAGAAAUUCAGAAAAAAAAAUAACGAACAAUCGUAUUACAGUUAUGAUUAAUUUAAAUUAAAACAAUAAAAUACUAAUAAAGAUAAACCA